UUAAUUCAUCAACACGAGCAUACCGACAAAAUAAUCUCUUUCACAUUAUUUUGUUCUUUUUGAACUCUUUAUUGGGUACUUGAGUUCAUCAAGUGUUGAAAUAAGAGACGGCCAAAACCAAACUGACCAUCAAGGUGUGGGUUGACCCUCGGACCAUAAGCUUCGUCCUCUCCCGACAAUUCUACCAGCAGAAUUCUUACUCUACAAGUCGUAGAAAAUCUGCCAAGAUGAUGGAAACUGCAGCUACAGCAGCAGCGGCUGUCCGCGGUCUUUUCCAGUCCACUCAUCCCAUCAACGCGAAAUGGGAACGUGUCAAAGCCCCUUCUCUUCCCCGCUCCUCUCACUCCAUCUCUGUAAUCGCAGGUCGAGCAUACAUAUUCGGAGGAGAGAUCAAUCCUAGAGAGCCAGUUGAUAACGAUAUGCAUAUCAUCACUCUGCCGUACGGCGAAUCCCUCGAAUCAGACUACAAAGCCCUCCCUGCGAAGCCAGAAAUCACUGGUGGUGAGGUGCCAGAGAAGAGAGUUGGACAUACGGCAGCUGUGAUUGGUGAACGUAUAUUUGUCUAUGGUGGCAGAGGAGGGGUAGAGAUGAAGCCUCUGGAGGAGAAGGGACGGGUGUGGAUUUAUGAUACUAGAUCUGAUGCUUGGUCAUACCUCGAUCCUAUGCCUAGCACACCAGUCCCAGAAACUCGAUCAUACCACUCUAGUGUAGCGAUUGCGAAACCCGAGCCAAGCAAUAUGAAGAGCAUGGCGGUGGAUAAUGCGACAGAGGAGCCAAAAGCUAGCACUAUUGCUGAGGGAGCAAAGACAGAUGAGGAGCUUGGCGGAUAUGGCACUUUCUUCGUACACGCAGGGUGUCCAGCGAGUGGAAGAACAAAUGAUCUUUGGGGUUUCGAUGUUAGGAGUCGGACCUGGAAGGAGUUUCCCACUGCUCCAGGCAAGCCAAGAGGUGGGACUUCACUGGCGGUUUCGAAACAGAGGAUAUAUCGCUAUGGAGGCUUCAAUGGGGAAGGCGAGGAAGGUGGCUAUCUUGAUUAUCUGGAACUUGGACUAGAUACCUUUAACGACAAGGGAGGAGCUGGAGAAAUGAGUGUUUCCGCCAAGGGUACAUGGGAGACGCUGAAUUUCCAAGAAGAGAACAUGCAAUACCCUGGAAAUAGAAGUGUCGCUGGUCUGCAAGCCAUCACCACAGGCAUGGGAAGAGAGUACUUGGUUUGCUUCUUAGGCGAGCGAGAUCCAAGUAGCCAGGGCCAUGCAGGUGCAGGCAAAUUCUGGGGCGAUGUCUGGGCUUUCCAGUGUCCGCCACAGGGUAUGACGGCAGCAUCUUUCAAGGACGCUACCUGGCAAGCUCUGGGAAGAGAGACUGGGGAAGGACUUUGGAGCCCUGUCAUGGUGUCGGACGCUGAAGGUGUGGAGGGAGAAGAUGUACACAAGCUGGUGCCAUCUGAAAGAGGCUGGUUUCCCAGCACGACGUUGGGUGAUUUGGAUGCCAGCGGUAUUCUGUUGUGGGGAGGUUUGAAUGGAAAGAACGAGCGAGAGGAUAAUGGGUGGAUUUUGAGAAUUGAGUGAGAAGCUGCAAAACAAGAUGAGUGAUGGGUGAAUGAAGAAAAU